UCCUCCAUUUUUCCAUCUAUCCAAAACACUCACACCAUCAUUUUCUCCAAUAACUAACCAAAUUCUUCUAGAACAAUCAUUCCAAAUCCAUGGCUUCUUCUUCUUCUUUUCUUCUCUCCACUUCAAUUACCGGCUCCAAACUCUCCGCCGCUGCACCACAGCCGAGCUCCGUUAGCUUGCGACGGCGGCCGUUCUCUGUUUCCUCCGCUUACUCCACUGCAGAGAGGACUACUUCUUCUUCUACUACUACUACUAGCUCUACAAUCGCCUCAUAUACAUCGUUAUACGAAGUUUUGGGGAUUCAAAUAGGAGCUAAUUCUCAUGAAAUUAAAUCUGCUUACCGGAAAUUAGCCAGAAUUUUGCAUCCGGAUGUGGUCCGGUUUCAGCAGAAUUCGUCGGCGGAGGACUUUAUUAGAGUUCAAUCAGCUUAUGAUACUCUCUCCGACCCGGAAAAACGUGCUAAUUAUGAUCGGAAACUAUUUGGGAAUAGAAUUCCACGGCCUGUUGAUUUCUCGUCGGCGGGAGUUCGUAGCCAUUAUACUGUUCGCCGGAAAUGGGAAACCGAUCAGUGUUGGUAGAUUUUUCGAAAUCUCCCGCCCGAUUAUUCCGAAAUCACACUAGAUUUUAGCCCUCCUACUCGAGGAGGACUCUAAUUUCAGGUUGUAACUCGAUCCUGAAACAUUGAUUAACGAAUGAUUAGAUCCAUUAGUUUUUAAAAUUAUUGAUAGGUCUUAGUUCCAUUUGAACAGUACAUGCAAAUGUGACUUUAUGUAUAUACUAUUUUUUAAACUUUUGUUGUGUUAUUUGGGUGAAAGAUAAAAAAUCACACGAAGUUUUUGAAGUCUGAAAGUUCAUCAAAAUUGUCCAUCAACGUUUGUAUUAUAAGAAUUCGCAAUAUAAUACUUUCUUAUCUUUUAAAGUUUAA